GGGCGAGGCCCGGCCUGCGGGAGCGGGGAGGCCCCCAGUCCUUUCCCUCCAGGUUAUUUUUUUCUCUCUACCCUUCGGACCACCAAGCCUCGCAUCCUCCCAGGCCCCAGCUCGUGGCCCUGAGUGACUUGCUCCUAACUUCCCUACUCGACCUCGGUCGUCCCGAUGUUCCCUUCCGAUCCUGAAGAGCGAAGCCCGUUAUUUGGCCUCCCCGUUUCCGAGAGGGUUUCCCCACCCCCCACCGGCCUCUCGGUGCCUGGCCUGGCCGAGCAUCCACUUUUCCCGGGAAAAGUGUGCUUUCGGGCGCUUUAGCCGCGCACCGCGCGCUCCGGGCCUCGUGGGGGACAGAAGCAGGCGGAGGAGGACACGCAAAAUCAGACUUAAAACUAAGGGCUUUACGCGCUGCCCUGGAAACCCGGGAGCUGGUAUUAGACAAUGAAGAGCAGAGUCUCUCAAGGGGGAAAACCUCUCCAGCGGUGACGUAUGCCUCGAAGCUGGAACUGGAAGGGCGAAGGGCCAGCCGGGCGAGAUGGAUCUGGAUGAUGUGUUGGAGAAAGCCAAGAAAGCCAAUGUUAUGGCUCUUGUGAUGGUUGCUGAACAUUCAGGAGAAUUUGAAAAGAUUAUGCAGCUUUCAGAAAGGUAUAAGGGCUUUGUCCUGCCAUGCUUGGGUGUUCAUCCUGUUCAAGGAGUUUCACCAGGAGACCAAAGAAGUGUCACAUUAAAGGAUUUGGAUGUAGCUUUGCCCAUUAUGGAGAAUUAUAAGGAUCAAUUGUUGGCAAUUGGAGAGGUGGGACUAGAUUUCUCCCCCAGAUUUGCUGGCACUGAUGAGCAGAAGGAAGAGCAACGACAAGUCCUAAUCCAACAGGUCCAGUUAGCCAAGAGAUUAAAUUUGCCUUUAAAUGUUCACUCACGCUCUGCUGGAAGACCCACCAUCAGCCUCUUAAAUGAGCAAGGUGCUGACAAAGUGCUUCUGCAUGCAUUUGAUGGUCGGCCAUCUGUAGCCAUGGAAGGAGUAAAAGCUGGGUACUUCUUCUCAAUUCCUCCUUCUGUUAUAAGAAGUGGACAGAAGCAGAAACUUGUGAAACAGUUGCCUUUAACUUCAAUUUGCUUAGAAACAGAUUCACCUGCACUAGGACCAGAAAAACAGGUACGAAAUGAACCCCAAAACAUUUCCAUUUCAGCAGAAUAUAUUGCCCAGGUGAAGGGGAUCUCAGUAGAAGAAGUUAUAGAAGUGACAACACAGAAUGCAUUGAGACUGUUUCCCAAGCUUCGGCAACUGCUCCAGAAGUAGCUGCAAAAUCAAAUCUGCUGCAGGGAACAGCAUUUGAGAGAACGAAAUGUUCUGAGUUAGAGUCUGAACCGAAGAAGCCAUUAUAUAGGGAUAAUGAAGAUUAUAAUUUUAGAGAAGGCUAGGAUCCUGAAACCCUGGGUUCUGAUUCUACCUUGUGCUUCAAUUAAUGGAGUCCUAACAGGAGAUUGAGAAACACCACUGCUUCUUACCUCACCCCACUUAGUAGAACCACCAUAUGAACUGAAACCAUUUCUUCUGGCAAAGGAGGCUCCCCCAGGUAAGACAUGAGCGCUACUGGGACAGCUAACAUUUGAUCCUUUACCACCAUAGGAUUUAUGUAGAAGAUAAUCAUCUCAUUUCUUACACUGUCAGAGAUCUAUUUUCUGGAUUUGUAAAACUGAGUUGUUAGUACUUUGAAGUGCUUCUUAAGAGGAAAAUGUAUAGGUUUUUGUAUCAAUCCUAGAUUUUGACUUAUGAGGCCAGUGGUUUGUGCGAUCAUUGUUAAAUGCCAAGCCCCAAGGUUUAGGUAAUAAUAAACUGAGUUUAAGUUCUA